CUGCCUGCCUCAGGCUUUCCCAGCAAGUUCUGUGACUGUUCCAUGUAGGCUCCAGAGGAGGACUUGGGAUGUCAGUGUCAAAGUGAACAACACUGGCUCAGGAGGAAAUGGGAGGCUCCCCUGCUUCCCUUUCUUACAGGCCUGCUGUGGUUUUUCAUGAUGUCAUCCAUUCAUCAUUGUGAGCUGACUGGCUGCCCCCUAGGCCUUGGCCAGCUGCCCAUGGUCAGAAGGGAAGAAACAGAUCCCAGGACAACUGUGCAGAGGGCCCCUGAGCAUGUGCGGACAUGAUGACAUCAGUUCCACCUAGAAAGCCGUGGUGGAAUUCGAAGAAGACUGUAAAAGUUAUAAGAUCUUAUCCAACCUUCCCUUCCUUGAAUGCCUGGGAAAAAUUCAGGGGCCUCUUGCCUGUGGAUGGGGAGCCGAACCCAGGAGUGGGCCUGGGUGUGGAGGAAGGACUGCUCUGCCAGAUCGUUCAUUCUCCAGAAUUCAACCUGUUUCCUAACUCUGUGGUGUUUGAAAGCAACUUUGUCCAGGUCAGAAGGAGCAGACAUUGGAAAGAAAUCUACAAAGCCUCCAACACAAUGGCCCUUGGGGUGACCUCCUCUGUGCCCUGUCUUCCCCUCCCCAACAUCCUCCUUAUGGCCAGAGUCAAAUGGCAUCAGGGGCAGAGCCAGACAUGGAACAGACCAUCCACAGCCCCGAGCAUCAUCCUGAAGAGCAUUCUCCCUUUGAAGUUUGUGGAGCUCCAGAUCUGUGACCACCAUGAACGCAUCCUGAGGUUGAGGACAGUCACCGAGAAGAUCUACUUCCUAAAGCUCCACCCUGACCAUCCUGAGACUGUCUUCCUUUUUUGGAUCCGCCUGGUUCAAAUUCUGCAGAAGGGUCUGUCCAUCACCACCAAGGACCCUAGCAUCCUUGUCACUCACUGCCUGGUACCCAAGAGCCUCUGCAACCCAUGUGGGAAGUCUGAGUUAGUGCAGAAGAAACCUCCAUGUUCCCGGCCCAGUGAGAGCCUCAUGCAGCUGAUGGCCCAGGGGGAGAGCGAGGCUCUCUCACAGAUCUUUGCCGACUUGCAUCAGCAGAAACAGUACAGGAGGAGCAAAGAGAUGCAGAUCAACAAGACCAGCUCAGGUAAGGGAGGCUGCGGGGCCAGGGAGAGCUCGCUGCUGGGUAGGACUCAGAUCCUCACAACGCCCCCUUUGCCUUCUGGAUGCCAUCAGAAGUACCAUAGUAUCUCCAUGCCAUAAAGGGUAUCUCUCUGGGCUCUUUGGCCACCAAAGUUAAUUUGGCACCAAGCCCUACUCAUCUAUUUCUUUGAGACAUUUCUAUAUUCUUCAUUUCCAGUCACACAAAAUGACCCUGGCCAGUCCUUCCCUCCCAUCUGCACCCGUUUGUUGCUUCCUGGACGCAUUCAGAAGAUGCACCAGAGGCUCUUUGAGUGCCGCACUGCCUUCUCUCAGGGGCAGGGGGUCACACGGGUGCAUACCAAAAUUAUAGAAAUUCCUUUCUAGACAACAUUCAAAGCUCAUGCUUGGGUGCCAGAGGUACAUAAAGGUAGAGGGUGCUUCUCUUCUUUCGUGUCAUUGUCAUACAUGAUAGAUAGCAUCAGGCGAGAGGGAGCAGAUGAGACCAUGUGAGAAAAUGUGACAUCCCAGAAGCAGCAGCUGGUUCCAGUUCUAAUCUGCCUUGAGUCUUCUGGAAGUGGUCCUUCAUCAGCUUCCCCAUCUUUCCUGUCUCACCUGAUUCCACGCUCCCUGCCUGGUGUCUACUCCAGCCACAUGUGUUUCAGUCACUUUCAACCAUGCUUCCUCAUAGCUUAGCCAGACCCCACCCAUUUCCUUCCCCUGAGGAGCUAACUCUAAACCCAUCUAUCCCAAAUCCUCUAACUUUCCUCCUCGUAACCUCUCACACUAUUCUCUGGUUCUCUUAUAGGCUUAAGGCUUAAGGCUUAUUUCUUAAUGAAUGUUAAAUUGCAUCCAUGCCUCUAAGUCAUCUACAGAAGCAAGCACAGCCCUGGGGACACAAUGGGAGUUCAGUAAAUAUGUGGACCUAAGACCAUUGACAAAUUAAUUCUCCAUGUUGGCUCAGAGACAGCCACAUCAUGCUGUAUGUUGAGAUGCAGAGGAGACUGUAGAUCCUAGAAGAGCUAGGCUCCAAAUGAGAGCUUUUUAUGUACUCGUAUGUCUAUAGGUGGAAUAAAUGGAAAGAGGUCUGAGGGAACAUGAGCAAAAGGAGUGGUUGACUCUUACCUUGUGAUAUUUAAAACAACUAAUGGUAGAGUUGGAGAGAUGGUUCAGUGGUUAAGAACACUCUCUGCUCUUGCAGAGGACCCAGGUUCAAUUCCCAGCUCACAACUGAAUGUAACUCCAGUCCUGAGAGACCUGACACCCUCUUCUGGCCUCCAUGGGCAGCAGGCAUGUAUGUGGUGUACAGACAUACAUGUAGGCAAAAUAGUCACACAUACACAAAACAGAAUGAGUCAAUCAAAAAAAUUAACUGGUAGCAACUAAUCCAUUUUCAACAUUAAGAAGACAUACAAUCUAGAGUGAUAGAGACAGAAGCAACCAAAACAGUGAGUGUUUUAGUUAAAGCUUUAAUUACCUGCUGCCAGGCUGGCAUAUAGCCUGAAAUUGUCAGAUACUCUUGAUUUUUUUUUUCAAGAGAAGCUCCAAAUCUGAAUUUUUUUGGGGGGGGGGGAUUCAA